AGGGUGUGCGAUUCCUGAUGCGCCGCUACGCAUCAGGAGUUCAUGGGAAUGUUAACUAUCAGAACCAAAGGAGAGAAAAAGAGCUGGAGUGAGCAAAACAAAGAGCGAGUGUGGGCCGCGGUGACUUCAUGCCUCACAAAUGUCCCGCCCACGCUGCUCCAAGCUUGUUGCUGCGCCGGAGCCGCCGCCGCGCCUGCGGGCGGCCAGGGCAAGCAGCUCUGUAGCGUGGGGCGGUUUCCUAGCAACUCGCAGCCCGAACGCGCCUAGCUACCCGCACUUUGGGAGUACCCCCCACCCCUCUACAAGCAGGGGGCUGGGGCAGAACCACUUCUCCCCCGCCCCUCACCAGCCUCUCCUCUUUUGCAUCGUCUCCGGGGUGCACCCUAUAGCGCGCCAGCUGUCCGGGCUCUGGAUGGUGGGACGCCUGAGCCGCACACUGGGGCCAAAAAGGGGAGAGCACGAAGCUCCCGCCCGGUGAAGCCAGGCUCCUGCACCCCCGCGGAACCUCCUCUCCUGAGCUCGCUGCCCUGCAAUCCACUCCAGGGCAAACGAGCUGCGAUGCCCCGCUCUGUGUCUGCGGGCCCCGGCGGAGGCUUCUAGGGCGCUCCGGGGCCACCUCCCCCGGCGGAUGGCACCUCAAACUUCCUCCCUCGCCAGCCAGGACUCUGCCGCUUCGACUUUGCCCGCCGCUCAGCUGAGGAGGCUGCAAGACUGCAACUAAGUGAAGUUGGCCUCCCUGCCCACCUGUGGAAGAAGCUCGAGCUGACUGAUGCGCCAUCGAUUUUUUUCCCCUUCGGCCUCGCUGGCGUCCCCUCCCACAGAUGCAGCAUCACCCAGUGAAUGUACAUUAGGCUGGUUUUUCCCCCCAGCUUCAGGCUUUGUUUGGGUUUGAUUGUGUUUGGCUCUUCGCUAAGCUGAUUUAUGCAGCAGAAGCCCCAUCGGCUGAAGAGAGACAAAAGCUCUUUUUUUUGUCCCAGAGCCGGCUGCGGAGCCUUUGCUCGCGUCGCCGCCCCGGGUCAUUUGCCUUUAGAGGAGGUGUUUUUCACGGAGAUCGCGGGACCCGCGGUGCCGAGCUGGGAGGGCCGCGGGGGCCCUGAGAUGCCGAGAGGUGCCCUGGCCGGCAUACCUGCACCGUUUGCUUUGAGCCGCAGGGUCCGCCUGUCGGGCCUGCUGGAAACGUCCUAGCGACACUUGGCACUAAGCGCCCGGGAGGCGCGAUCGCGCAUACGGUUAGCAGCUAGGCGGCGGGCGCGGUGCAGUGCGGGCUGCUUUGCAUUAUGCGCCGCUCGGCCCUGGCUUUUUUUACUGCCACAUUUGUCUGCCUGCAAAACUGCAGGCCAGGUCCUGCCCCAUUCCUCCGGGCGGCCUGGAUGUUUUCAGUUGUUCUUGGACUGGGCCAAAGUGAAGACAAUAGAUGUGCAUCUUCGAAUGCAGUGUCCUGCACCAAGUGCCUUGCGCUGGGUCCGGAAUGUGGAUGGUGUGCUCAAGAGGAUUUCAUUUCAGGUGGAUCAAGGAAUGAACGCUGUGAUAUUCUUUCCAAUUUAAUAAACAAAGGCUGCUCGAUUGAUUUGAUAGAAUAUCCAUCUGUGCAUGUAAUACCAAGUGAAAAUGAAAUUAAUACCCAGGUGACACCAGGAGAAGUGCUGAUCCAGCUGCGUCCAGGAGCUGCAGCUAAUUUUAUGUUGAAAAUCCAUCCUCUGAAGAAAUAUCCUGUGGAUCUUUAUUAUCUGGUUGAUGUCUCAGCAUCGAUGCACAAUAAUAUUGAGAAAUUAAAUUCGGUUGGAAAUGAUUUAUCUAGAAAAAUGGCAUUUUUCUCCCGUGACUUCCGCCUUGGAUUUGGCUCAUAUGUUGAUAAAACUGUUUCACCAUACAUUAGUAUUCAUCCAGAAAGAAUUCAUAAUCAAUGCAGUGACUACAACUUAGACUGUAUGCCUCCUCAUGGAUAUAUCCAUGUGCUGUCUUUGACGGAGAACAUCACUGAGUUUGAAAAAGCAGUUCACAGACAGAAGAUCUCUGGAAAUAUAGAUACACCUGAAGGAGGUUUUGAUGCCAUGCUUCAGGCAGCUGUCUGUGAGAGUCAUAUUGGAUGGCGAAAAGAAGCUAAAAGAUUGCUGCUGGUGAUGACAGAUCAGACAUCUCAUCUUGCUCUUGAUAGCAAAUUGGCAGGCAUAGUGGUGCCAAAUGAUGGAAACUGUCAUCUGAAAAACAACGUCUACGUCAGAUCAACAAGCAUGGAACAUCCCUCACUAGGCCAACUUUCAGAAAAGUUAAUAGACAACAACAUUAAUGUCAUCUUUGCAGUUCAAGGAAAACAGUUUCAUUGGUAUAAGGAUCUUCUACCCCUCUUGCCUGGCACCAUUGCUGGUGAAAUAGAAUCAAAGGCUGCAAACCUCAAUAAUUUGGUAGUAGAAGCCUAUCAGAAACUCAUUUCAGAAGUGAGAGUUCAGGUGGAAAACCAGGUAAAAGGUGUCUAUUUUAACAUUACUGCCAUCUGUCCAGAUGGGACCAAAAAGCCAGGCACAGACGGAUGUGGAAAUGUGACAAGCAAUGAUGAAGUUCUUUUCAAUGUAACAGUUACAAUGGAAAAAUGCAAUGUCACAGGAGGAAAAAGCUAUGCAAUAAUCAAACCUAUUGGUUUCAAUGAAACCACUAAACUUCAUAUACACAGAAACUGCAGCUGCCAGUGUGAUGACAGCAGAGGACCUAAAAGAAAGUGUGUAGAAGAAACUUUUCUAGAUGGCAAGUGUUUCCAAUGUGAUGAGAAUAACUGUCAUUUUGAUGAAGAUCAAUUUCCUUCUGAAAGUUGCAAGUCACACAAGGAUCAACCUGUUUGCAGUGGAAGAGGAGUUUGUAUUUGUGGGAAAUGUUUAUGUCACAAAAUUAAGCUUGGAAAAGUAUAUGGAAAAUACUGUGAAAAGGAUGACUUUUCUUGUCCAUAUCACCAUGGAAAUCUGUGUGCUGGGCAUGGAGAUUGUGAAGCAGGUAAAUGCCAGUGCUUCAGGGGCUGGGAAGGGGAUCGGUGCCAGUGUCCAUCAGCAUCCGCCCAGUACUGUGUCAAUCCAAAGGGCCAAGUGUGUAGUGGAAGAGGCACAUGUGUAUGUGGCAGAUGUGAGUGCACCGAUCCCAGAAGUAUUGGCCGCUUCUGUGAACACUGUCCCACAUGUCACACAGCCUGCAAUGAAAACUGGAAUUGUGUGCAAUGCCUUCACCCUCACAAUCUGUCUCAAGCUAUAUUUGAUCGGUGUAAAACCUCAUGUGCUCUCAAGGAACAUUAUGUGGACCAAACACCAGAAUGUUUCUCUAGCCCAAGCUAUCUAAGAAUAUUUUUCAUCAUCUUCAUAAUUACAUUCUUGAUUGGGUUGCUUAAAGUCCUUAUCAUUAGACAGGUGAUACUCCAAUGGAAUAGUAAUAAAAUUAAGUCUUCAGCAGAUUACAGGGUAUCAGCCUCAAAAAAGGACAAGCUGAUUCUGCAAAGUGUUUGCACAAGAGCAGUAACCUACCGACGUGAGAAACCUGAAGAAAUAAAAAUGGAUAUCAGCAAAUUAAAUGCACAUGAAACUUUCAGGUGCAACUACUAAAAAGAUUUUUUAAAAAGUACUUUAUAGAAAACUGGAUUUUUAAUAAUUGCUCCUAAAAAUUGUAAUUUUAGAAGUCACAGGAGGAGACAAAUUUUCUAGGUCAUGCCAGUUGUUGGUUGUCACACGAAUGAAUACUGACAAGCAUCCUCAUCAUCAUGUGACUUAUAUUGCUGCUGAAUUUUUCAGAGAAAAAUGUCUUACUACUGUUUGAUACUAGUGUCAUUGUAGCACUUUACUGUAAUAUAUAACUUAUUUAGAUCAGCAUAGAAUGUAGAUCAUCUGAAGAGCACUGAUUACACUUUACAGGUACCCACCAUUCCUACACUUCCCAGAGAGACAAUUCUGUGAGAUAGCUUUGACGUUGAGUCACUACAAGGGUAUAGUAAUCCUUGCACCAAACAUGCAGAUAGCAAAAAUAAUAAGGCAGUUAUACUAAUGCUGUCAAACACUUCAACAAUUGGCAGUGAAUAGACAAGAACAGUUAGAUGAAUAAAUAGUUCGUGUUUUACUCAUUCAAGAGAUGAACAGAUAAAACCUUAAUCUUGAGGGAUACUGCUUUUGAAACUGUAGUUUUAUGCAUGUGUUAUUAUGUUUUCUUCUUUUCUAAGAUCGAUACUAAUUCGAACAUUCUUUCCUCUUUGUCACUAUAGUUCCAUUCUCUUUCUUAUAGAAUAAGUUUAUAUAUGUCAUAGAUGACUGGAUUAAUAAGUGCUAAGUUACUACUGCCAUAAAAAAAACUAAUAAUACAAUGUCACUUUAUUAGAAUACUGGUUUAAGAAGCUGAAUAUUAAAAAGGAACACUGUUAAGUAACAUCAAAAUUGGAACAGCUUCGUUGUUUGCAGAUGUGGAGUUUUAUGUCUUCUUACCUGAUAAACUGGGUGGAUUACUUCACCAUUUCAUUAGUCUAAUUAUCAGGUUGACAUUCACAAGGUAUGUAGAAACUCUUCCUCAAGCAAACUGCCACACUUCUGAAUGAGUUUUCUCCAAUACUUACUCAAGGUAGAUAGCAGCAUUUUUCAAAUUAAAAGCUAUGUUAAGAUAUAUUAUUUUGCCCUUUGAUGAAGUCUAAGGACAUCCUUUCCCUAAUCAUCUCAACCCCACUCAUCAGAAUUCUAAAAGUAUACAAUUGGGGAGGAUAGACAAUAUCUUAGAAAUAAGCUAAUACACCUUUUUAGUCAAUCUUGGAACUGAGGCUUGGAAAGUUUAAAUGAUUUAUCAAAAACCCCCAAGUGACUAAGUGGCAGCCUUCGAAGAGAACUAUUUUCUUAUUGCCAGGCCAGUGUUCACUGAACAAUGUCAUACUACCUCUUGAAUCUUUAAAAUAUUCAAUUGGCAGGUAUUUUUAAAUGUGUCUUAACUACAUGGGCAUGAGAAAACUUCGAAGCAAAGCAGAAAAAAGUAAUUCAAACAGAAUUGUCCAUGACUGCCUUUCAGUCUUUCUGCUAAUGAUCUUCUAAGAGACCGAAGCAUGACCUAACUAGAGGGAAAGCCAUUCACACCAUACCUGUGUGAACAGUGCCCCCUCAAGUUGUACAGUGCUCGGUGCUCACCCUGAGAGCUUGAUACAGAGGCUAUGAGAAUUUGUCUUCCCCAAUGGGAACUUCUUCACAAUCACCAUAUCCUUAUAGACUUAUUUAGUCUGAUUUUGUUGGCUAUAAGUCCAACAGUCCCAUGUGCAGUGCAGAGUUUUGCCUAUAGCAACAAAGGAAUUUAUUUAAAAUGUUUUUUAUAAUUAACUUCCCAGAUUUGCUGUCUUCCAGCACUUGAGUUAAUCGAAGUGCCAGAUAUUUGCAUUUUGAUAAAGACUAAACCCACUCUAUAUUCUAUCCUAAAAAGGAUUUUUAAAAAUAUAUGGAGCCAACAAACAGCAGCUCCAUGAGCCGUCCCCUGCAGCCAAGCAAUUAUGAUGCUAGGCUGAAAUACAUUUCCUUCCCCAAAUGAGAGACUGGGGGCAUUGACAUAAUUCAGUACUGUGACUGACUUUUAUAAAAUACCUUUGAUCACCAAGGAUAAUGUAAAAAUUGUAUUUUGCAGACUGCCUGUCACAAGUACCAUCCUUUUAUAAAAAAAGAAAAUAAAUGGAUAACUGACAGCACCCUAAAAAGGAAAAAGUGGAAAACAUCUAUUCAUUAAAAUGUUGAAAUUUUAAAAAAUGAACAUUAUGAUGUUUAUAAACUUUCAUGUGGGCUGAAUUAUCCAAAAGAGCACAAUAAAAUGAAAUGCUUAAAAUAAAGGGAUUAUAUUUUGACACUCUCACUAGUUUGCACUAAUUUAUAAUGGACCAGGGCUCUUAUUAUAGGAAGGGACAAACUUCCUGACAGGCAGUUCAAUACUAGAUGAUGAUUGUAGUCAUGCAUGUGAUGUCUUGUGCUUUCUCUUUUUACUUAAAGAUCUAAUUCUUAAAGAUAUUAGAGCUUAUAUUUACUUGAAUAAUUGAUAUUUUCCUUGUGAGAAGAGAAUUAAUUUUUGACUAGUUAGAAUUAAUUAAAAGGUAAGGGAAAACAGGGUAUUCUUAGAUUAAAUAAUUUAUGUAAAUAGAGCCUAUUUUCAACUAAUAUGACCACAGGAGCCUUUUAAGAUUCAUUGAUAUGAAACGCAAGUAAUGAAACUUUAAAUGGUUAACAAAGUUAAGAACUUGAACAACACUUUUGGUACAACAGCAUUUCUGUGCCCUGGAGUAUUAUGUAAUGAUUUAGAAGUGUGCCAUACAUACACUACAAUAUAACUUUACACAUUUUACUUCUCUGGAGAUAUCUUUACACUGCAGUAUACAUGGAUUUAUAAGCAUUUGAUAUCUUUUCUGAAAUUAUAUUAAUAGUUCUGAAGUCAUAAAUAUUCUCUGCAACACUCAAAGAUUCACUAAAACUUUAUGUCUUAGUGUUCAAUUUAGCUUUGGUUUAUAAAGAUUUUAAAAAUCUAAGGUUAAAAUAUUUCUUUGGAGGUAAAUUUUUCAACACUCAAAAAUUAAAAUUAGUAGAUGCAUCAGAUGCAACACUUUACUAAAGAAUAAAUUCCAAGUAUUUUUAUGUACUUAAUCUCCACUGAAGAUAUUCUUAUGUAUGACAACAAGCAUCCGUAAGACACUGAAAUAUGAUUUUCACUGACUACAAAAUUUUUUUCUCCAUAGAAUUCUAUUCCUUCUGGUACUGGUAUAGUAAGUUAGAUGCAGGGGCUUUUCUUUCCUUUCCCUACUCCUGUUUUUUCCACUCACUUUUCCUAAGAGGAUGCCCUAAAAGUCUAAUUGUGAAAAAUAACUGACUAUAAUGAUAUAAUGAAGUUCUGUAUUUCCAAACAUCUCUUACUGAUUUUAAAACUGAUUUGAAUGUAUACACUGAACAAAGACAUACCCAUUAAAAACUAAGAAUUUUUAAUUUUCACAACUGUUCUAGCUCUUUCAGUUUUAAGGGAUUUGAGAUCUAUAUAUUUUGAUAAAUGUAUCAAGUGAAAUAUAGACACUUGGGAGUUCAAUCAUGUGCAUAUUGUAUUCUGUUUCAUUUACUCUUAACAUUUAACUUACAACUGUCCUUAUUUAUAUUGACCUUAAAAACUCCAUUUCAUGUGAUGCAAACUAAGAUAUAUUUUCAAAGAAAUAUAAAACCAGCAUUCUUUCAGAUUGUUUCCCUUUUCUCUUAUAAUUUCUCAAUGACAAAUUUAUUAUGGGCAGCUAAUUAUACAUGUUCCUAUUCAUUGAUUCUAAGACAUCCACUUUUUUAAUUUAACAUUUCUGAAAUUGUCAUCUAUCUUGCAAUUGUUGGCAUCUGAGAUGCCAUGUUCGUAGUUGUGCUUAAAUAAAUAUUACACUAAUGUAUCUUGCACUAAAUGUUCAUGGGUAUAGGGACAUUUCAUUUCUCAUAAAUAUUUGAGAACCCACUUAUGAUAUAACAUGUGAAGUCAGUUUUCAGUACACCUGGAAAACACACAACUCAACAUGGAGCCUUACUAUCUGAUUAAGAGCUCAGAGCUUGCAGACCUUUAGGUUAUAAAAGCGCUUCCAGCCUCCUAUUUAUACUUUAUGCUAGUGGGAACAAUUUCAGCAAAUCCUAACUUAAUUGACAAUGAGUAAAUUUCUUCCAGUUCUAUUAACAAAUUUUUAUUCUUUGUAUUCCUUUCUAAAGCAUACUUUCAUAUGAUCAUCUCACUUUUCAACAGAAUUAACUGGAAAAAUAUUACAUAAAACCAUCAUAAUUAGAUUUAGAUUUUGCAGCAUCUUGUAUGUCUUAUAUUAAUGACAAGAGAAAAAUAUGAUACAACCAAUCAGUGCUGCAGGAAAACUUUCCCUUCACGUCCUCCUACAUUUUUAUUAUUCUUUAUCAUUUGUUCCUUUGUUUUUUUCUUUGGCUCAGAUAAAAUCACCUUCAAGUCUAUGUAAUGACUGUCAUAAAACUGCAUAGUUAAAUUAUUUUACUUAUACGAAACAAUUGUUCAACUAUCUGGGCAGCUGUUGAUGAAAUACCUGAGAGUAAUAACACUACUCUUUUAUCUACCUGGAUUACUUUCCUGCAUAGAAUUUAUCUUGUUAAGCUAACUCUAUUAAUCAGGUUUCUAAUCUCCAUAACCUACUUCAGUUAAAAUCAUCUAACCCAACAAUUCAAAAAAAAAAAAAAAAAAAAAGACUGCAGUCAUCAAGGAUGUAAAAUGUGUGAUCUGUGUAAGGAACACUUAUACUCUACCACAGAUAAAUGUGAUUUUAAUAAGAAUUCCACAUAAUGACAAGUCUGGCACAUAGACUUUAUUAAGAAUAUUGAAUAUAAAAUAUUUUAAUUCUAAAUUAUAAGAAAAUUAAUUUGCACAUAUUAAUGUAGAAAUUCAUUUUGUGUAUAUUUAACUUUAAAACUAUUCUACAUUUAUGAGCUACUUCACUAAAGUUUUUUAAACCUCUGCAAGAAAAUUAGAAAUGUUUUUAAAUUAUCAGUAAUACAACCUGUGUGUUUCGUUUAACAAGUCCUGCCUUUGUAAAAAACGAAUUUUAAUAUAGAGUGUAUUUUUAAGUUAAAAUAUUUGAAUAUAAAAUACUUCUAAGAAAGAAACAAAUUCUCAUUAAAUAAGUUUAUUAUUAUUUCUGACUUUGAAUUAUACAUAAAUUUAAAUUGCCUUAAAUGACACAGAAGAUUGGGGAAUAUGGUAAUUUCACAUAAUAUACUAUGAAACUGUUCAUAUAAUUCUGAUUGACUACUAACAUUGGUUUAUGUAUUUAUUAAACAGCUGACACUGUAGUUUGUUGUGAGAUGUUUAUUUUUCUAACAGAGCUUAUAACAGUUAUGACAAGACAUUUAAUUAAUACAUCAUUCUGUUUAAAAGUAGGUUUUAACUAGUAUGAAAUUUUUGGUUUAAAAUAAAAAAUAUGAAGAUCUCAGAA